AUGAUCCGCUCGUUCUCGUCGUCGCUCCCCAGGCUCGCGGACCCGGCCUCGCUGCGGAUCGUCCACCCGAGGACGCAGUUCAAAGAGCAGAUGAAGAAGCUCCGGCUGCAGUAUCACCAGGAGUAUCUGGCGCGCAAGAAUAAGGAAGAAGAGCAGAAGAAGCUGAAAGCCGCAAAGGAGCUGGAGCGCCAGCUCGAGAUCCAGGAGGACAUUGUCAAGUUCAAACAGGAGCGCUCUCUCGAGAUCGAAAAGUACACCAACACCCGGACCGCCGUCGACGAGGUCCUGUCCAAGACCCCGGCCAAGGCCAGCACCAGUACGAGUGACAUUGACCACGACAAGCUCGACAGCCAGUGGGCCGAGUUCAUUACCAAGCGUCGCCAGAAGCGUUUCGAAAACCAUCUGGCUCUGCACAACCACAACAAGGAGCGCCGCCUGGAGGAGCUCCUGUAUCUCUACUACGCCUCGGCUGACUUUGUCUCGUACUCGAACCUGGACGCCAAGAUUGAUGCCUGCUUCGACCGCGGCCUCUCCAUCGGCAAGCUCGAGGUCCUCAACCCGACCCGAUACGAAGACUUUGUCAGCGGGCUGGCCAAGUCCCGCCAGACCGAGCUGCUCGACAUCCUCAGCGGCAAGAUCAACGGCAAGCCCGGUGUUGACGAAAUCAAGAGCCAGGUUCUGGACUCGGCCCCGGCCAACAACAACCUGAUCUCCAACCGACGAAUGAAGGCCAUCCGGGAAACAGAGGAGAACUAG